AUGAAGAAACUAGUCCAAGACUUAGGUACAAUAACGGUAGAAAAUGUCCAAGUCCAAAUGCCUGUACUAGAUAUCGAUCAACAAGGUCAAUUUCUCAAUAGGGAUAAAAGAAAGUUAUCACUGGCACAUUCAUUCCCGACCACAAAAUUAGUUACUGACGUAAGUAUCUUUAGAGGGUGUUUUAUUUCUGAUAAUAGGUUACUCCUCAGUCAACAAGUUGACAAGCAACUUAUUGUUUGUACACUUGAUGGAUCGAAUUCCAACGUGAUUGAUUUGUAUUAUACACCACACAAUAUCAGCUUAUAUGACAAAACCCAUGCUGUAGUAUCUGUAGGUGAUGCAGGUAUCCAGAUCAUCGACCUGACAUCAUUGAAGCCUGGAAGGAUAAUUAAAGUUGAAGGAACCUGUAGUGGAAUUACCUGUGUAAAGGAUAAGAUCUGGGUAAAAAAUAAAUCUCACACUCUAACCAUUGUGAAUUUCAAUGGUAAAGUUCUUAAAGAAAUACAAACAACAUUUGAUCCUUGUGAUAUUUGUGCCAAUCAGGAUGGUGAUGUGUAUUGUACUGACUGGGGUAGUGAUAAAGUAUUCUUAGUUUCUUCAGAUGGAAAAGAAGAUGAGUUAUACAACAGCCCUGACCUGAAAGGUGCUAAUGGUAUAGCUGUAGAUGACCGUGGUGAUGUGUAUGUAUCAGGAUAUUUAUCAAACAACAUACAUAAAAUAUCUAAUGAUAGAAAGAAACAUGACAUUGUCUUAACAGCAGAUGAUGGCAUCGAUGGACCGUUCGGUAUAUCUUACAACAAAGAUACAAGAGAACUGUCAGUCGUAAACGGAUUUGGUAGCUUUAUUAAUAUCUAUAAAACCCAAUGA